ACUGAAGUUUGCUCUCUCCUCAGACAGACUGACUGGGAUAAGAAAAAGGAGGGUGUUUUCAAAAUGAAACAGUUUGCUUUGCUUUUGCUGUGCACACAGCUGCUGUAUGUUUGGGCUGUGAGUGAGCCAAUCUAUCCUCUGAACCCUGGCUCCUGUGAAAGCCCAGAUGCUGUGGCUGCUGCAGACCUGGCCCUGAGGAAAAUCAAUAGUCACCGGAAACAAGGCUACAUAUUCAGCUACCACCGCCUUUCUAAUGUCAACCAAAAACAACAGGGACCACUGGGGACUGUAUUUUACCUGACAAUAGAUGUUCUGGAAACAUCGUGCAACGUUCUUAGCAAGAGGUUGUGGACAAGCUGUGAAGUUAGACCAUUAAUUGAGGCUGUUUAUGGACAAUGCCAGGCAACAAUUUACAUUAAUAAAGUAGAAAGAGCUAUUCAGCUCUACAACUACAACUGCUCUUUAAGGCCAGUUCCGCGCAACAGAGUUCGUGAUAUCUGUCUGGGCUGUCCAGAAGCACGCAUGGUGGAUGACCUUGCUGUAUUAAAUGUUACACAGCUGGUCCUUCAAAAGUAUAACAAUGAAAGCCCACAUUCGAAAUAUUUUGCCCUUCUGAAUGUGACUAAAGCAUCGGAGCAGGCCCUUGUGGCUCCGAAAUAUGCAGUGGAAUUCACUAUCCAGGAGACGGUGUGCCCCAAGGACACACACAGUGGUGACGUCUCCCAGUGUGAAUUAAUGACCUGCGAGUUUGCUCACAAAGGUCACUGCACAGGAUCAUACAUGAAGGCACCAGAUAACGAGUAUAUCACUGUCUCUUGUGACCUCUUUGAGCCAGAGGCCUCACAGCAGGAAGAGCAACCCCACCUGCUGGGCGGAGAACAUGACCACCAUGGUGACAAGAAUGAGGAUCACCAAGACGAUGGACAUGACCAGCAUGAGCACGGGUCUGGCCACCACCAUCAUCACAAACAUCUGCAUGCUCAUGAGCACCAUCACCAUGGCAACCAAGCCCCUUCUCAGAGAGCUUUCGGCCCUCAUUACGAGGAGACAGAGGGAGAAGUGCAGUAUCUCCCACCUAUCGAUGUACCAACUGUUUACAAUGCCGAUGCAAACAAGCCUGUUACUCUUCCCAUUUUCCCUGACUCUCCAGUUGUUUUUCACGGUCCCAUCAUCCAUCCUUUCCCUACAAAGACUGGAGAAAACUGUCCAGGUCAGCCAAAGAAUAAGGUAGACCUGAUUCAGGAGCUGUAUAAGGAGGACCAAGGAUUCUUCAAUUAACUGAUUAAAAAAAAACCCCAAUAAUAAUAAUAAUACUGUAACUAAUCUAAAACAACAGUGCUGUUUUAAAGGGGAUCAUGAUUUUUAGUUUUUAGUUGCAAAAUAAUCUGUCAAAUAAAAUAUUUGUCAAUAUA